AUGAGAAGCAACGUAACAACAUAAAAAAAACACAAUUCUUUAGAUAAAAUAUCUGAAAUGAUCCACAUUAAUUAGAGAUACUAAUAGAGUAAUUUUGGUUAAAAGGUUUAAAUAUCACGUUGUGAUUAAUUAUUUAAAACACAUUUAUCGACUGUAUUCUCAAGUUUCAACCAAAAAUAUUACAAAAUUAAUAAAUAAAUUGAGAUAUCAACUAAAUUUACAAUUAGAGGUAGGAUUAUUAAGUCAAAGCGGAAAGUUGUUAAUGUUAAAAUAAUUAUUAUUUCUGUCUUUGCAAAAAAACCAUUCCAAAAAAUUGGAAAAAUCCUCAUUACAUUUGAAAUUCUUAAUUUAAGUAAAUAUUGUUGUGCUGGAAUUGGAUUUGAAGACAUCACGAAAAAAUAUUACUAUUAAUAAACAGGAAUUGGAAGAGAGUAUUUAAUUUAAUCAAGUGAGUCAUAUUUGAUAAGAAACGAUGGUACUUCUUUUUCUGAUGAUAACAAAGUUGUAAAUUGUAAACAAUCAUCAUUCACUUUUCUAAUAAUGAUAUCUUAAUUAUUGAAGCAAGUAUUGAAGAUAAAUACAUUAAAUGGACUAAAAAGAAUAAUCCAUAAACAACUAUUGUAAUCAUCAAAUAUCUUAAAAGUAGUUUGA